UUCUCUGAGUCCCUCCUCCCAGAAUCAGGGGAUUCUAAGCUGAAGAAGAGUCUUCCUCCUUCAAUAGUAACAUGCCAGCAGUCCUCCCGGCCAAUGAUUCUUUUGCAGCAGGCAGGACUUCCUCCUCAUCCUCGUCCUGAGAAGCCUUCAUCUCCUCCUAUGUCAGUGGCCACAAGGCCAAGAGCCAACUCACCACUGUCCCCACAGAAACCGUUUGGACUGGGGCCUUCCUUGCAGCACUCGCAAGAAGAGGAGCUUGCAAAGGAUCCUGUGCUGGAGGAACUAUGUAAGCCCCUGUGUUGUAAACUUUGCAAUGUCACUCUGAAUUCAGCACAGCAAGCCCAGGCGCAUUACCAGGGUAAAAACCAUAGUAAGAAACUUCGGAAUUACUAUGCUGCAAAUAGUUGCCCAGCUCCCGCCAGAAUGAGCAAUUCAGUGGAGCCUGCCGUGCCUCAGAUUGUCUCCCAUUCAGCUCAGAUGGGCGCCUCUAAACCAGGCGGUCGAGUGAUCAUGGCCACAGAGAAUGAUUACUGCAAGCUUUGUGAUGCCUCAUUUAGUUCCCCGGCUGUGGCCCAGGCUCACUACCAAGGAAAGAAUCACGCCAAGAGGCUACGCCUGGCAGAAGCACAGAACAACUCAUUCUCGGAUACAUCAGAACUGGGCAAACGGAGGGCACGGAAAGAAGGGAACGACUAUAAGAUGAUGCAGAAUAGAAGAAAUGUGUAUGCGGUUCAGAACAGUACAGGUCCCUACUUCAAUCCACGCUCCCGCCAGCGAAUUCCUCGUGAUCUCGCCAUGUGUGUCACCCCAAGUGGCCAGUACUACUGUUCCAUGUGCAAUGCCGGGGCUAGCGAAGAGAUGGAGUUCCGACAACAUUUAGAAAGCAAACAGCACAAAAGCAAGGUGUCUGAACAGCGGUAUAGGAAUGAGAUGGAGAAUCUUGGCUAUGUACAAUGACACGCUAUCCCUUGGUAGUAGUUUGCAGAUAGAGCAGCUUGUCUCGCCUGCUGUUUGCCACAUGCCCUGCUUUGUGCUCCAUUUGAUAGGAGUAUGCUCUCUAGCUAUACAUGUAACACCUGCAAACUUAAUGGUAUGGUUAGGGUUUUUUUAUAUCGCUGUUGGCAGGAAUAUGCUCUGCAGGAUGUGAAGUGGUUUUAAUGUUUGUUUGCUUGUUAUCUAAAGCUCUUCAUUGCAUUUUGGGGGAGCCCUGUCCUCCCCCAUGCCCUAUUGCAUGAAUGUGCAAGGCCCAAGAAGCACUGGGACCACCAUGGUUCUGCCACGCAGGCAGGGUAUGUGGAGACACAACACCCCUUUUGGUGUGUCCUGGAGCUGUGCUCCACAGCAUCACUCCGCAGCAGGGGGACUUUAUGGGCAGGCUAGAGAAGAGGAGGUAACAGAGCCAGCGGACGUGUGAAUGGCAUUGCUGGCCACACAUCCCUGCUAGCAGAAGUGUAAGAGGGUAUAGCCUCAAAUACAACUUACAGCAGGUGCCUCCUGCAUUCCUCUUGGUAUGGCACAGAGGCUGUGCACAUACCCUAAGGAGGAUCCUAUCUCCCUCACCCUCAUGUAGGCCACCCCCCAGUGUUUGGAGUGGCUGG